AGGCGCCAGCUUCUGUCAGAGGUGGCGAAAAGGAAGAGCCUGGACCUUGAGAGGCUGACCUUUGCCUUCGAUUUAGUCUCCACUCGUGCCGUGGGUGCCAGCAUCGAUGCCUGCGCGUUGAUUCCUGGAGUGGAUUUGGCGAACCACGGCCCCAAAGCCAACACAGAUCUCAGCGUAGCCGGUACUCCCGGGCUCCGCUCGGGCCGCGCCACAGUGCUGGGGCACGGCAAGAUCUGGGAGCACGGGUCAGCCGGGCUGGUGGCGGCUCGUGAUUUGGCAGCUGGCGAGGCCGUGCGCAUCUCCUAUGGCAAGUACCCGAAUCAACGCUUUCUGCUGGACUAUGGUUUCACCCUGGGAGGAGAAAACCCUUUGGGAGACGAGGAGAAGGAGCAUCCCAACACCGGGAACCGAUGGGAACCGGGUUUUCUCAGCCUGGUACCCAUAUGGUUCCCAGCCCCAAUGAACAGAAUAGUCUUGAGUCUUUACUUCAAAAAUGGUGGAUCGGAUUGACCCAUGGCCAAAAUCUCAAACGGCCACGUGAUUUAAGUUGGUUGCUUUGCUGAAAUAGCUGCUUCCGUUGCCGGCAGCCAGGAAGAUUUAGCAUGAGAGGGUCGCAGCUUGCAGUUUGCGGGCUGGGGGAUUUGUGUCAAUAUGAUUGAAAUCCCCCAAGCGCAGGGACUAGAUUGAGUUCAUGGUGUGUUUCACGGUUUUUAACAUUUUCC